CGCACCGCUUUAUAUUGUUCUAUUGUUGUUUCAAAGUAUCUCAAGCAUGAGAAAGUUGAGGGGUGUGAAUACUUUCGCAAAGUUGCAACCCGGUUAUCUUAUGUGGAACGCCUUGCUGCUUCUCUUAUUUAUUUUUCGUUCACUGCAUGGCGUUAAAUACAAAGCAGGCACAAAAUGACCACAAGAAGAAAAAAAAGAAAAUCGUUUUAUUUUCCUUCUUCUUCUUCUUUUAUUGUGAAGCCUUUAAUUACGCCCUUUGGAGUGUCCCAACGAGACAUCUUGUUGGUCCCCAGUGCGCAAUUGUGCGUUGACGCCACUCACAAAGAAGGCGUAAUGGUGCAUGCGCCAAGACCUGGUUGGGUGUUCGUGUGAACGUGCGUCGAUGUGUGUGAGAGUAAAGCUGGAGGGACUCCCUUCUCGUCCUCACCGUGCUCAGAAUAUCUUGGACUGACGGAUCCAGAGGGGCAGCCCGGUCACACGACCGGAGCGACCGGGCUUUUCCCCAAUAUGCUUCCCCCCCUGCUCGCCGCGUUUGGGUCCUUCAGCGCGCCGUGUGCGUCGUUUGGUUUAAUUCCAAAGCUCCCUGCUCUUGCUUUCCCUCUAUUCUGUGCUGCGCAUCAAGGUGGCUGCCCAGCGGGUCAUCGCGGACAGUCCGGAGACUGGCUGAAAGCUGAGCCCGCCCGCACGCACGGAGAUACGGACUGUAGUUUUACUUGAAGAGAAGAGGUGAGGGGGGGAAAUGGAGAACCCGGCCAGGUAUCUAUCUUCGGUGCAGGGGAUCGAUACCGUGCCGGCGCCCCUCGGAGAGAUCAUGUGGAACAGCACUGAAACAGAGGCGACAAACGACGGCGGGAAGGAUGUGGUGGUGCGCACGGUGACCGGCUGCCUGCUGUCCUUGCUCAUCCUUUGGACUCUGCUGGGGAACAUCCUGGUGUGCUCCGCGGUGCUGCGCUUUCGCCACCUGCGGACCAAAGUCACCAACAUCUUCAUAGUGUCCCUGGCUCUGUCGGAUUUAUUCGUGGCGGUGCUGGUGAUGCCCUGGAAGGCUGUAGCAGAAGUGGCCGGGUACUGGCCGUUUGGCACUUUUUGCAACGUCUGGGUCGCCUUCGACAUCAUGUGUUCCACCGCGUCCAUCCUCAACCUCUGCAUCAUCAGCGUGGAUCGGUACUGGGCCAUCUCCAGCCCCUUUCGAUACGAGAGGAAAAUGACCCAGCGGGUCGCCUUUGUCAUGAUCAGCAUCACCUGGACACUGUCCGUGCUGAUUUCAUUCAUACCGGUCCAGCUGAACUGGCACAAAGCCACCGCCGACGGGUUGGCCGGAGCGCACAACUCCUCCGCGAGUCGGCAACUGGAGGAAAACUGCGACUCCAGUCUGAGCCGCGAAUACGCAAUCUCCUCCUCGCUCAUAAGUUUCUAUAUUCCCGUGGCGAUCAUGAUUGUAACAUACACCAGGAUUUAUCGGAUUGCUCAGAUCCAGAUCAGAAGGAUAGCGUCCCUGGAGAGAGCGGCGGAGCACGCUCAAAGUUGCCGAAGCAACAGGAUAGAGUGCCAACACCACAACACGCUGAAAACUUCAAUCAAACGGGAAACCAAAGUGUUUAAAACUCUUUCUGUGAUCAUGGGCGUCUUCGUGUGCUGCUGGUUGCCCUUUUUCGUGUUGAACUGCAUGGUCCCGUUCUGCAACAAGCCGGCUGCGGACCGAGACGCGGGCCUGCCGUGCGUCAGCGAGACGACCUUUGACGUCUUCGUGUGGUUCGGUUGGGCCAACUCAUCCCUCAACCCAAUCAUCUACGCCUUCAACAACGAGUUCAGGAAGGCCUUCGCCAGCCUCCUGGGCUGUCGCCACUUCUGCUCCAGCACACCCGUGGAGACGGUGAACAUCAGCAACGAGCUGGUCUCUUACAACCAGGACACGAUCAUCCACAAGGAGAUCGCCAACGCGUACGUCAACAUGAUCCCCAACGUGGUCGAAUGUAUGGAGCACGAAGAGACGUUCGACAGGAUCUCUCAGUUUUCUCACAACAACGACAACGCCACAGACUCCGUUUGCGACUUGGAGGACUGCGAAGCGGACAUCAGUCUGGACAGGUUGUCACCUUUCACCCCAAACGGAUUACACUGACUCCACACGGUGCGUCACUGGGUGUGUUGGUGAUUCUCAGAGCCGGCCCAAAGUUAUACGGGGCCCUGGGCAGAAUUUGAUUCCAAGGUCCACUUCUGAUUAAGUUUAACAUCCAUCAGCAACUAAAGCAGCACGAUUUUAUAUUGUCCAUGCUCCAUCAUUAUUUAAAUUCCACAUUUGAACAUCUUGGUUUAAAUGCAGAAAUGAAAAUAGUCAGCCAAAGCAAACAAACAAACAAAUCCUUAAAUUGAUAUUUCAGAUUUUUAUCAGCUAAAGGGUAAAUAAUCAGAGCUGGGCCAAGAGAAUCAAAGGACAGCCUCAGAUUCAAAAUAUUCAUAGAGAUUUAUGGGAACACAAAGUUAUGAACCUUCAAACUGUUUGAAUUAAUUCAUUAUAAAGGUAAAAAGCAAGAUAUUUACACUGGGCAAACACACUGUGGAACAACUGUGCUCAGGCAGUCUGGUCAAAGUAACUACAGUGCCUUGCAGAAGCACUCCCGACCCUUGAACUUUUUUUUUUUCUUUUUUACAUUUUGUCACACUAGAGACAAAUUUAAUUGGUAUUUUAUGUGAUCGACCAAGACAAAAAUAUUUAAAUGCAAAAAAAUCCACCAGACAUCACCCAAAUAGUAAAGAGAGUCCAUCUUUUUGUAAUGUAAUCUUGGUAAACGUCCCGAUUUUCACAAAGACUAAUGAACACAGCUGUCAAAUCAAGGUAUAAAGCUGAUUUAUACCGUAGAGAAGCUUACUGUUAUGUUAUAAAACACAACGGCAAGCUUUGAACUUCUUAGAUCUUAAUCUGAAAAUGGAAAAUGCAUCACAAGGCUGCAAACCCACCAAAAUACCAGUACACCUAAAUAAAAAGCGUGCAGUGUGUGUUCUGGACAUGUAUAGGUGAUUAGCCGCCACACGGUCCUUCUAAAGAACUAUUACCUUAAAUUAUGCAGAGAUUAGCCCUGUGUUUAAAGAUAACUGUUAUAGGAAAGGCUAACUUAUUUAAUCUCUUUGUUACUUGGCUGAAAACUAUGGGCUAAUCAUUUAAAAUCAUUCAACUGGCAUUUUUUGUCUCAAUAAAAGCACAUUUCUUCAAGUCAUGAUAAAACAAAAUCCAUAUGUAAUAAAUUUCUACAAGUAAAAAAACACCCCGUUUUUACCAGUAGGUGUGAAAGCUAAUUUUCUUUUGCGGGAAUGAGGGCAAAAUUGAGAUAUUAAAAUAUUUGACGCCAAACCUAAACUCACAAGCUGGGAAAGGAAAGCAUAGAUCAGAGAAGCAUCCAACAGGACUAUGGCAACUUUGGAGGAACUUCAGAGAUCUACAGCUCAGGGGAGGGACACAAAUAGGGCAAUCCUAAAAAAAAAAAAAAAAAACCUUGUAAAAGACAUGAAACUGGGGUGGAGACUUGCCUUUCAGCAAGACAGUGACUUUAAACAGACGACCAGAAGAAUGGUUUAGAUGAAAGUGUGUCUAUGCUUUUAAGUGAUCAGAGAUCAAAGUUCACACCGGAAUCCAAUUCAGAAAAUAAGACCUGACAAUUUAUGUUCACUGAUGCUUGCCAUGCAAUCUGACUGAGCUUCAGCUACUUUGUUAUUCUAAGAAGUAUCUGCAAAAAUGUCCAUCUCUAGAUGGGCAAAGACGAUAGAGGAACAAACAUGGUGGUGUGAUCGCAACUAAAGGUGGAUGCACACAAUAUUGUCUUGAGGGGCCUGAAUACCAAUCCACACAUUUUAGAUUUACAAUUACAUACAAAAAGUAUAAACACGCAACAUUUCCCAACCAUUUCAUACUUUGUAAUGGUCUUUCAAAUAAAAUCCCAAUAAAUGACAUUGAUGCUGGUGAUUUUGAUGUUAAGAAAUCUGGAAAGAUUCAAGAGGAAUGUAAGCUUUUGCAAGGGACAAAAAAAAGUAAAGCAGUUUAGAUGUUUUUUUUUUUUUUUUUUUUAAAUAUCUCCACAUCUGUCAACUUCCCCUAUGAUCCUAAGUGUUAUUAGGAGCCCUGAGGCCGACUGGAGUGGCAGCUAAGCUCCUGCAUUUCCUGCCUUGGGCCGGCUCUGAUGCUUCCAUCAUCGUUAAUUUUCCCAGAAGCCCCUCUCCAUUGGAGUGGGACACAACAUGGGGGUUCCCUGAGCUACUGAGCACCAAGGCUGGGGCGAUGGUGGGGUCUGGUGACCUUUUCGUAGACACGAUAGACCAUCCUGCUAUGGCUUUACAUCAUAUCUAAAACGUGAUGUUGUUGUCCUGUUCUGAAAACAAAAAAACGUGACGUGUAGAUGUUUAUUUACUUGACAAUUAAAGUCCGUGUUCCUUCGUUCAAAGGUUCAUUGUUGCUGAAACUGUUGCUAACUAAAAGGCUUUACUCGGUGCGCCGGUGUCUAUAACGUCCAUCUACUCCGAGGAUUCACAAAGGGGACUUUCUGCCUCUUUACUAACCAUCAAGCGUACCCAGUGCCCACCUUUCCAUUGAGCGUGAAAACUGAGAGAAGCCUUACAAGACAGUAUGACUAAAACAGUCCAAUGCAGUCAAUUUAGCGCCUUACAGCCUGGCGAACAAAGAGAUUUGAGACAUGAAAGGAAUGUGUCCUGUAGAGUUUAAGUUACGUGAUGCCAAAAUGCAUUAUUGAAGCGUUUCGCCACACCAACCUCCCAGGUGACUCUCUUUUUAGCACAUGCGCUCAGGACAUGUGGACACUUUAAUCUGAGCUGCCACAGGCUUUUUAACAGAAAGGCAAAAAGCACAAAAUCUAACGUGAAGGAUACACAGAGGAAGCCUGCGUGUGCUGGAAUCUCUAACUCAUGUCUUAAAAUAACAAUUGUUUUAACACAUUGCUAUUGUUAGAGUUAUUUUCUACGAUGUUUAAUUUCACACAGUGGCCAAAACUUGUGUAACGCUUCAGCUGUGUGAGCCAGACCUAUCUCUGUCUGAUCAGACUCAAAGACCAAAAGAUAAAGAAAUAAUAAUAAUAAAAAUAAAAUCUCCCAGACAUUACUUGAAACCAAUCGGACAGCACAGCUGGAUAUCACAUCCACAUCCUGAUGACCUGAUCUGAAUGUAUUUACUGUCCUUUUCAACGGUGAUGUGUGUCAUAAUUUGUCUAAUAAAAAAAGGCUGUCAUUCA